UUCCAAGUAGUAUGACUUGAUGACGGAUCUGCUAGACUUGUUGUUGAUGGUCAACAUAAAUACAAUCCCGGUACUAUACUUGCAAUAUGAUGUGAUAAUUUUCUUGAUAUGUAUUAUAUUAAAAGUUAGAGAAAGUUUUACAACUUUGUGGAUUACGAUUGACACUUCGAGCGUGUCUCACUCUCGUAAUAUUUAAAAUUUAUGCGAGAAUGUCGGCGCAUGUUAUGUGCUUAACUUCCUCAGGAGGAAUUCCUUUGUUUACACGUCACAAUGGAGAUAGCGAUACGAUGACAUUUUCAAAAAUAGCAUCUCUUAAUGGAGUUCAUAUGUUCUUAAAGUCACAGGAUAUCACUUUAUUGAGCACAGAUUUACCAGACACAACUGUGGUAUGGAAGGAAUUUGAAGACUGUAUCAUGCUAAUAGUAAUCGCCAGUGGAGUGACCAAAUAUGUAUUAGACAAAUUCCUGGACGCCACUUUUGGUGCAAUGGUUCUUUUCACUGGUAUCGAUGAGAUAAAGAAUACUAAAAACAUAGAAAGGCUUAAGAAAGAUAUGCGUCUCUGUGGUCCUAUCAUAGACAAACUGAUGGACUGUUUAGACAUAGGAGAUAAAAUUUCAGCAAAAACUGACAUGGUCAAUAUGACAGAAUGCAUCAUAUCUCCUGAGAAUCAUUUGCUUCAGACUUCUUUAGAAGGAUUCAUGGAAUGUUUGGACUCAAUAUAUGGAUGUGUCUUGGUGCACGGUUGUGUAGCAGUUGCCACGGAAGGCUGGUGGUCAUUAGAUCCUGUAGAGAGGAAAUUACUAACUAUAGCAAUUACUACUGAGAGUAUCUGUACCACUCGGGAUAUUCCAGUGUUCUUACCACGUAAGAGUCCAAGUGUGGCAUUCAGAUUGGUCUCUAUAUCUCUAAUCAAUCACGUGGAAGUACUGGCGUUAUGCGGGCCGAAUCCAGAGCUAACGGAGAUCGAGAGGUUCGCUGUACAGUGCUGGAAAGGCAGUAUUGAUGCGCUGUGCGCCUCCGAGCAGUGUUACCCACGGAACCUACCCACAUCUGUAUCUUUAGACAGCGAGACGCUCGGAUUUCUGCUGGCGAAUUACAAGGUGGAGAAGUUCGUUCUCGGCAGGAACGCGCAGUGCGCGAAAAAUCGCGUGACGGGUUCUCACAGAUUGGACAUCCUGCGGACGUUUUACCAUCAGGCCGUCGAGACGUUCGCGCUGUCGGCCGAACGCGACGACAGCAGCGGCGAAGGUACGAGCGCUGGCACGUGGAAGUUCACUGGAGCGAAGGAAACGUAUCUGUGCUCCGAGUAUCACAAGUGCCACGCCGUCAGGCACGGCGACCACGUGCUUUGUGUCUUGUACACGUCCGCUGUACCGACUCACACCAUGAGACUGAUCAGUCAGAAGAUACUGAAGACAGUGUUUAGCGAUAAGCAAGGAUAUUGUCUCGCUGCUGUUUGUCAGAUCCUUCGUUGCACAAAACACGAAGAAAUGCGAUUACACGUUAGACGCCACCUAGAUCUACUUUUAUCUCUCAGAAACCGAUGACAUGCGGAUGUAGACUUCGAAGCGAGUAGAGAAAGUAAAACCGAGUGAAAAAGCUGCGGCUGAAAUGAACAGACCAUAGCUUGCCACUCCUCACUGUUUCUUUAUAUCUCAUGUAUGCAAUUAAAAUGAAGCGAAUAUCGCCUCGCACUUGGAAGAGAGGGGAAAGGAACGUCGUAGACGCAGAGGAAGCUUACAAAAAUAAGACCUCUCAUGCAAUUCGAGUAUAAGUCAAUUAUGAGGAUCUAUAGCUUCCAACUGCACUUCCUUGCGGUAGGAAGUGCAGCUGGACGUACACUUUUUUUCUUUUAAAUCACGAAUGGCGAUCGUAACACGUGCACGUGUCUGGUUAGCUCAGCCGUGAGGCGGAUCUCGCGGAAGUCGGAGAAACAAGAACGCCUCCCGCACAACGCCCGCAGCACGACGCUGCUCGUAGCAGCGAAAAAAUCGAUAAUGGAAGCGCCAGCCGGCGAAGGCGCACGCGUCAAGCGUUACUGAUGCGUGUCAGCUGUCCCGGUCGUAA